AUGGCAGUGAUGAUGAGGCCGUUGCCCAGGAGGGCAGCCAGACACAGAGUAGCCUGCGACCACCGCCUCCACACCCCCAUGUACUUCUUCCUCCUCAACCUCUCCCUCCUCGACAUGGCCUCCAUCUCCACCACUGUCCCCAAAUCCAUGGCCAAUUCUCUUUGGGACUUCAGGGCUAUCUCCUACUCAGGAUGUGCUGUCCAGCUCUUUUUUUUCCUCUUCUUGUUCACAGCAGAGUAUUGUCUCCUCGCUGUCAUGGCCUAUGACCGCUAUGUUGCCAUCUGCAAACCCCUGCACUACGGGAUCCUCCUGGGCAGCAGAGCUUGUGUCCACAUGGCAGCAGCUGCCUGGAUCAGUGGGUUCCUCUGUGCUCUGCUGCACACUGCCAAUACAUUUUCACUUCGACUCUGCCAUGGCAAUGCCCUUUACCAGUUCUUCUGUGAAAUCCCCCAGAUCCUCAAGCUCUCCUGCUCAGACUCCUACCUCAGGGUCAUUGGGCUGCUUGCCAUUGGUUCCUGUCCUGCUUUGGGGUUUUUUGUAUUCAUUGUGAUAUCCUAUGUAGAGAUAUUCAAGGCCAUGCUGAGGAUCCCCUCUGAGCAGGGACAGCACAAAGCCUUUUCCAUGUACCUCCCUCACCUGGCCAUCGUCUCUCUGUUUAUCAGCACUGGCAUGUCUGCCCACCUCAAGCCCCCCUCCACUUCCUCUCCAUCCAUGAAUCUGGUGGUGGCAAUCCUGUACUCGGUGCUGCCUCCAGCAGUGCACCCCCUCAUCUACAGCAUGAAGAACCAGGAGCUCAAGAAUGCAGUGUGGAUACGGAUGACUGGAUGCUUUUUAGAGCCAAUGAGCUGGUCAUCAUCUGCUUAA